GUGCAUCGCGCAUGCCAGAUGUGGGCGGCCACGCUCGGCGUACUAAUCGUUUCAGUGAAUUACAGGUUGGCUCCCGAGCACCGCCUUCCUUCAGCCUACCACGAUUCCAUUACAGCGCUGCAGUGGCUCCAACUGCAGGCCGUGGCGGCGGAAUCAGCGGAUCCGUGGUUGCGCUCCCACGCCGACUUUUCUAGGGUUUUCCUCGCGGGCGACAGUGCAGGAGGAAACAUUGCGCAUCAUUUGGGCAAGUGGGCGGCUGGGGUAAAGGCGGAGCUCGAAAUCAAGGGACUAAUUUUGCUGUAUCCGUACUUUGGAGGUGAGGAGCGUACGUCAUCGGAGAAGGAGAACUCGCCGGUGUUCAGUUUGGAGCGGUCGGACGCCCUGUGGAGACUUGCCCUGCCUGUGGAAAGCAACAGAGAUCACCCCUUUUCCAAUCCGCUGAUAGAAGGAGCUGCUGUCUCUGGUAUUGACCUUCCGCCUAUUUUUUUGGUUAUUGGAGGGCGCGAUAUACUGAGAGAUCGACAGAUGCGCUACUGUGAGUUUCUUAAGAAAUGUGGGAAACAAAUCCGUGUGCAUCUGUCGUCGGAGGAAGACCACGGUUUCCUUCUCUCCAAAAUGGAGGAGCCAAGCUCAGUGGCAACUCUCCGCGGCAUCUCUGACUUCAUAAAAUGA